AUGAUAAAAAGAGAAAUGAUCAAGUUAUUUGGAAGUUGUGUUAUGGAUAUUCCAUCCACAUCAGGUAAAUAUAUUAUUCAGAUCAUUUUCUUAGUCAAAAACAAUAAUACUUUUGAUGGCAGUCAUGUCUCUAGUGUUAAUGAGCCAUUAUCAGAUUUAGGUUCCAGCUACAAUCCUUCUGAUAUUGAAGAAUCAUCAAGUGAAAAAAGUAGAGGUAAAAAUGAAAAUGUAUUGGUGACUGAUGAGAAACGUGGUGCUUGCCAAAAAUUUGUAGAUAAAAGUCAAUGGCAACGUAAUACAUAUAAGAAAAAAAUUAUAAAAUAG